AUGAGCAGCAUCAUCGAGCAGAUCGACGGCAUGUGGAACGACCACAACAACGCGCGCAAGGCCGUCUUUGAGUUUAGCACCAAGGCCGUCGAGGACGAGCCCGAGAACGCCGAGCUGCUCUGGCGCCUCGCCCGCGCCAACUACGAGUACGCGAUCGAGAAGGCGGUCUCCAAGGAGCUCAAGAAGAAGCUGACGUACGAGCGCCUCGACAUUGCCAACAAGGCCCUCAGCCUCGCGCCCGAGAGCGGCGACUGCCACAAGUGGGUCGGUAUCUCGACGUCCGAAGUCAACGAAUACGAAAGCGUCAUCACCAAGCUCAACAGCGCCAUGACGAUCCGCGAUCACUUUAUGAAGGCGAGCGAGCUCAGCACGACCGACCCGAUGGCGUCGCACUUGCUCGGCCGCUGGUGCUUCCGCGUCAGCGACAUGUCGUGGGUCGAGCGUGCGGCGGCGCGUGGCCUCGCGGGCCACCUCGCGCCGCACUCGUCGUUUGAGGACGCGCUCGCCAACUUUCUCAAGUCGGAGGAGAUGAGCCCGGGCCACCUCAAGAUGAACACGUGGUACAUUGUGCAGACGUACGCCAAGCUCAAGCACAAGAAGGAGGCCAAGGAGUGGGCGGCCAAGGUCGUCGCGAUGCCCAACCUCCUCGACGAAGACCACGACAUUGAUGCGCUCGCCAAGGCCUAUUUGUAA